GACGACAAUGGUUAUCGACCCGUAGAGUUCAUGUCAGCUAAGCUGCCUUCAGAAUAGGUAGCAGCCUCGACAUACGAGUCUACGCUCUCAGGCAACCCUUAGAUCAUUGGGGCACUACCUGCUUGGGAGGCACUUCAAAGUCUAUUCAGACCAUGAGACACUGAGGUGGCUGAAGACGCAAUCCAAGAUGAUGCCCAAACUGACUAGAUGGGCUGUUGAGAUAUAUCAAUUUGACUUUGAGCUUAAGCCCGUUAAAGGCAAGUACAACGUGGUAGCCGAUGCGCUAAGCAGAAGUGCAGAUUACUUCGGCGCGAUAGUACACUGUUUGGACAUAGGGGCGGUCUUGCAGCAAAAGACAAAAGACGUGUAUGCUCAGGAUCCGAUUUACAAUGACUUACCAAAACCGAGUCAGGCCGAGAACAGCACACUACAUGCCGCCAACAGCCAGCAGCAGAUACUCAACAGCCAGCAGCAGACACUCAACACCCAGUUGCAGACCGACGUCAGCACGGGGUUGGCACAACUGUCAGCAACUGCGCCAACGGGAAGUGCAGCGGUAGACGGCAGCCCAGCUUUGGCCGCGCAGGCCAAGCAGCUCGCGGAGCGGAUCAACCACUUGGUCGCAUCCCUCGGCGACAUCAGCAAGUUUGCUGGAGCGUUGACAGUCAGCAAUCAGCUGCAGACGCUCAGCGACCGCGUUGACCAACGACCGGCCACUGCCGCCAAGGAAUGGAAGAUGCCGAACUUCAAGAUCGAGAAGUUCGACGACUAUCACAAGACUGAUCCGCUGCAAUGGUGGAUGACUUUCAACACAGAGGCGGAUGUACAUCAUACACCCGCCCAUCGGCGGCUUGACGCACUCUACCUCCAACUCAUCGGAGGGGCGCAGGCUUUCAUGACACACAUGGCCGUCACGAUGGAAUGCACCAUCGCCAACCUCCACACGAAGAUCACGUGGGAGGAAUGCGAGAAGAAAUGGAAGACUCGUUUCAUGGUCAACAACGACAAACAGCACGCCAUGAACAAGAUCUUCCGCAUCUACCAAGGCCAGCAGACGUCACGGGAGUGGCUGACGGAGUGGCAAAGACUCGUCACCACCCCGGAGUUGAACUUACCAUUCGACGCUAUCCGGGCUGAAUUCUUUGCCCGGUCAUGCGACGCCUUGACUGCUGCCUUGGGUACUGAGUUUCAGUACGAGACCUUUGAUGAUCUGAUCUCAAAGGCACGAGAGCUCAUUCAAGCCAAGGGCUGGAUUCGCCCUAGCUGUUCGCCAUACGGUGCUCCCGUUCUCUUUGUCCGGAAGAAGAACAAGGACCUUCGUUUGUGCAUCGACUAUCAGAAACUUAACGCGCAAACGAUCAAGAAUGCCGGCCCUCUCCCUCGGAUCGAAGAUCUUCUCGAGCGACUAGGUGGCGCCAAGUACUUCUCAAAGCUUGACCUCAAGUCCGGAUAUCACCAGAUUGAGAUCCAGCCAAGAGACCGGUACAAAACCGCGUUCAAGACGCGAUAUGGGCACUUUGAGUGGAUUGUCAUGCCUUUUGGUCUCACCAAUGCCCCAACUACUUUCCAAGCGGCCAUGACGAUGGAAUUCUGCGACUUGCUCGACCGCACCGUGCUCAUUUACCUCGAUGAUAUCUUGGUUUAUAGUCGGACGCUGGACGAGCACCUCGAGCGCCUUCGCGCCGUAUUGGAGCGGCUUCGUAUCGCCAAGUACAAGGCAAACCGCGACAAGUGCGAGUUUGCCCAGCAAGAGCUGGAGUACUUGGGCCAUUACGUUACGCCGCAAGGCAUUCGUCCGCUCGCGRACAAGKUACAAGYUAUUCAAGAUUGGYCGGACCUCAAGUGUACUACCGACGUCCGCUCCUUUCUCGGCUUGGCAUCGUACUACAUGCGCUUCGUCAAAGGAUUUCAACGCAUCGCUGCACCAUCGUCGCGACUACAGUCCCCCUUGGUGCCCUUCGAGUUCAGCGACGAGGCCCGGCAUGUGUUUCACACGCUGAAGACGACUUUGCUCCAAGCUCCCGUCUUAAGCAUCUAUGACCCGAGCUUGCCCACCAAAGUGACUACGGACGCUUCCGGUUAUGGCAUUGGCGCGGUUUUGGAACAGCAUGAGGGCACAGACUGGCAUCCAGUUGAGUACUUCAGCCAAAAGGUGACGCCCAUCAACACUCUUGAUGAUGCGAGGAAGAAGGAACUCCUAGCUUUUGUCACUGUACUUAAGCGUUGGCGUCACUUUCUCCUCGGGCGUUGGCGAUUCACGUGGGCAACGGACAACAAUCGGUUGACAUAUUACAAGACGCAAGACACGGUGAGCAGCACGAUCGGUCGAUGGAUGUACUUCAUUGACCAGUUCGACUUCACCUCCAAGCACAUUCCGGGUUCCUCAAACAAGGCAGCGGAUGCUCUCUCGUGAAGACCUGAUCUUUGCGCCUUGGUGCACUCCACAUUCGGCCUCGACGAGAACCUGCAACAGCACUUCGUAA